AUGCUUGCUUUCGACAUGAACGAAAUUUCAUCAAAAGAGUUCGUUUUCGGUAAGAAAACUUCUUCAAAGAUUGAGAAAAUGAAAAAUCUUAGAACGAUUUUAGGGACCAUUCGAAUGUUACUUGCGAUGAAGCCUCGACAAGAAACAAUGCAUUAUAGUUUGUUUCACCAACUUUUACUUGAACUUAUAAGCCAGGAAUAAAGUUUGAGGUUGAAAGUUUUAAAAGUUAAAAAGCAUACGAAAAUAUAAAACAUGAAUGAAAAAGAAAAACAAACUGAACU